AUGUUCUUCAAACCCUUCACCGGGCUACUCGCUCUCGGUGCUCUCAUCUCCGCCUCGGUCCUGCCUCCCACCAACGAGCAGGCCAUCCUGAGCAACCCCAGCGCUCACUCACACCACGAACACAAAGAAAAUGCCUUCACUCGCCCUACCUGGUUCGAAUCCGCUCUCCUCGCCCGCCGCAUGCUGGCUCUCUCCUCUUCCGGAGUGAUCUCGACCGUCUUCCCAGAUCCGAUUCCACCCAACUCGCGCACUCCAGCCUCCGUCGCCGGUCUUCCUAUCGGACUACGCGAAUACAUUGCCGACUGUGACAGAGCCCUGCCCGACAAACUUUCAUUCGGAGAUAACGGUGACCCAACCAUCCUCGCCCUUCGCAUCGCCACCACUUUCCGCAAUAUCGGGGCUGGAUCGAACGUUACCCUCGAACUGGACUGGUGGGAGCACCUUGAAGAAGCUGUGCCUGUUUAUCCCGGUUUGCCUCGGAGUCCUGCUGCUUUGCCUCGCGUCACUUUGUUCGGAUAUCUCGACCCCUUGCCCUCGCUCUCACACCACGAUGCCGUGGCACUAGAGAAGUGUUUCCUGCGGUCGCACCCAGACGCGAAGGUGUGGCUGCCCGGUGCAUCGCGUUCGCCGCAUGCGAGCUUCUGGGCCCGACUGGUAGUCACACAGGCAUACUGGAUCGGAGGAUUUGGUGAUGUGCAACAGAUCGGGUGGAUGGAUGUGACGGAGUGGAAGGGGAUUCGGCAGUGGUCGAGUUCCGUUGGGGAUGGACGUGGAUGGGAAGAUGUGCGGCUUCCAGGGGAGAAGCAGCGAUAA